UGCGAGAAGAGCGACUGCAUGUGAGCGCGAGCCUUCCCCCACUUUAUUCAGUCUGAAGAAGGCUAACGGGACAUCGGUGGUUGUGGAAACAACGACAGAAAUAAAACAAGGUGACUACACCGUGUCCAGCGUGGAAUAGUUUAAGGUCAAGAGAGGUGCUUGAAGCAGGUCGGGGUACUCAAAGUUACUAAAAAGACAAGGGAAACUUCCAGCUAACGUAAAGUCAUUAGCUCCAAGGGACGCAUCUGUCCUGCCGGUGUCCCAUCGACCAUCCUCCCCCCUUCAGGAAAAUGAAUCAGUCGGUGGCCGUGCAGAUGUCCGUCACUCUCAGUUAAAUGUUAGUGCUACUUGAGCAGAAAUCGCUCGGCUGGCCGAAGAGGAAAAAGAAGAAAAGGGCUGUUGAAGGUGCUAGAAGAUGUCUCUGUGGAUGAUACUGCCUGUCAGCCUUCCAGUGCUGACCAUCACUGGAAUAUGGGUCGUGUAUGCCAUGGCCCUGUAUAACCAGCAUGUCUGCCCUGUGGAUAACUGGUUGUACAACCAGUCAUGUGAAGAGGAGCUGUAUUUGCAGAGCGGGCCAACCUUGUGCUGCACACUAGACAAUGUACCUCUCAUCAGUAAAUGUGGGACUCUUCCCCCUGAGAGCUGCUUCUUCAGCCUUAUCUGCAGCACGGGAUCAUUCAUGGUUAUGGUGAUUGUGCUGCUCCGUUAUGCCCACGUCAUCGAGAAGCACCAGAACUGUGUCCUCAACACGGCGAGUCUCUCCACAGGCUGGAUCUGUGCCGCUGGACUCAUCAUGGUGGGCAACUUCCAGGUGGAUAAUGCCAAAGUCCUCCACUAUGUCGGAGCGGGCAUCGCCUUCCCCACCAGUAUGCUGUUUGUGUGCUUGCAGUCAGCGCUGACUUACCGACUGGCCAAGACUCAAGGAGAGUACAACGUGGCCCACCUCCGGCUCUGCAUGACCCUGCUGGCCUUCGUAGCCUUGGUGCUCAGCGGGGUGUUUUUCUGUCAAGAAAGCUUCGUUCUUCAGCAUGCGUCAGCCAUCUUUGAAUGGGUGUUCUGCGUCAUCGUCAUGCUGUUUUACGGGACAUUUGCCUUCGAGUUUGCUGGCAUGUCAGGAGAUACCAUGGCCGUGCUGGCAAGAGGAGGAGCCCUUGGACCCGGGGGGAGAGAACACAAGGUGGAUGCACUGGGAGCACUGGGAGGGCCCUGUGCACACUCACAGCCUCAUCCACACCAGCCUGAAAACAUGUCCAUCCUGUAGCCUGCUUACACAUCCCCGUGCCACACAGCUGGCUCGUUUAUUCCUUUCAAACUGCGGUUGUUGAAUGAAUUUAAUUAUUCAUUUCCAGCCACAUUCCUCUGAAGCUUUGAAAUAAUCCAGGCCAGUGCAGCCGCUGCUCAUGACAGAGUGGAUUCUAGGAUUUUAACCACAUGGAUGUCGAUGUGCUAACACAGCGAAGAGCUCAGAUUGUACUGUGCUCACGUCAGAGCUCCGUGACUCUGACAGACUAGUUUGCAUUUUGCACAUUGCACAAGUGUGAAACCAAAUUUUGUCCAAAUCAGUCCUGUUUGAAUUUUAUCAACCAGUUCAAGAUUAUAUUCUGUUUUUCCCUAAAAUCUCUGUAAGGCUCAAUAAGUGGCCUUAGACCGUUGUGUUCGAUGCAUUCGUUGUGUGUAAAGGCGGCUGCUGGACGGCCGAGGUGACAGUGUUACAGCUGAGACAGAAAUACACAGGAAGAGACAGAGGACGGAGGCUGAUUGUUACAAAAUGAGCAAGGUCAGUUAUACUGCAAAGAUAUCGAAUGCAAUAAAUUCAGAAACAGUUUGACAAAUAGAAAGGUUAGUGAAUGUUUCCUUGUGACAGAACAGGGCAUUUCUUUGCAUUUUGCAAUCAUAUAAACCUGCAUUGAGCAAUAUUUUUUAUACUCAUUGAAAUAACUGUAAUGUUAAAGUUUUCUUUAUAGAAUCAAAAUGAAAAUGUUGAUGACUUUAGCAGCUUUUAGCUUCCUUUUUAAGCUUAUAAGGUUGAAUGCUCUGUAAGCAGCCUGUCCUCUCAGCUAAGUUCUUAUGCAGGUGGUCAAAAAGGUUAAGAUAUCAUCGCGGUCAACCAUAAGUGGAAGUAAGAAAGUGAACAGUGGACUAAUAUUUUCCAAGUUUAAAGCAAAAACUCAAAUCUCAGCAAGUGUAUGCAUCUAAUUUCUUCAAAAAUAUCUCAUUACAUUAUGCAUAUACUAUAUUAACCUGACAAGCCUGGAUAAUCAUCUUAUUUCAGGAUAUUUCAAUCUAAUCUUAUAUUAAAGCACUUUUAAAACAAUGAAAAAUGGAUCAAAAUGUACAAUGAAAAAAUAAAAUAAAUAAAAGAUAAUGAAAAAUAAGGCUAAUAUGAAAACAGUGGGAAAAUACUUCAGCCUCUUAUAUCAGGCAACAAAUAAGUUGCAACUUGCUUGAAAUUAGUUAAAAAAGAAAAGCUGCCAGUGCUGCAAGCAAUAUUUCGAAAUGUUCAUAUUAACUGGAUUUCUUUUAAGAUAUAUAUCUAUUCUAGGGAAAUUAAAGCAGGCAUUGCUUUCUACAUUGGCAGCUUUAAAUAUCAACAAACAUUUCUGACUUCAUUUUUCUUGUUAAUUGAUGAAAAAAAAAUAUCUUUCUAGACUUGUCAGGUGAAUGAUCCUUUUUAUUAAGUGUGAUAAAAAAAUAUGUUACAAAAAUUUAGACAAAACCACUGAAGUCUAUGCAGCCUGGUCAUCUGGGUAAUAUUUCAGACCUAUUUAUAGAUGAUGUAUAUGUUGGCACAGCUGCUGGAUCAGAAACAUCUGUUUUAUUGUCAAAAACUUAUUUGAAACAUGCACCAUCAAUCAGUACGUUUACAUGCAGUUAAGAAAAUGCAUAUUAUAACAUUACUAUGGCUACAGUUUUGCAUUUAAAAUGCAUGUAAACUUGUUGGUCGGACUAAAAUCAAAAUUAUUUCUCAAAGUGGGCUACUAGGUCUGGAAAAUAAAGGCUUUUCCAAACUGGACUAGAAAUUCUGCACAUGCUCCACAGCCUUCAUGCUGAUAGGGUUCUGGCUGCAUACUGUACAUCUCUGACAGCCACUCUCACAUUAGCUUUAGCUAAAGCUUGUAUAGCUACAUUAGCUGCAUAAUAAACUUCUCCGUAUAAGCGAAUGUAGCUAAGUUAGCUUUAGCUAUGUGAUCUUUAGUAACCGUAGCUAAAGCUAAUGUUGCUAUGUGGAGAACAUAGCUACAUAUCUUAAGUAGCUGCUUUGUGAGCUUAGCUUUAGCUAUGUAGCUAUGUUAUCUACAUAGCUUACACAGCUAAUUGAGCUAUGUGAGCUUCGUUUAGCAUUAUAAUGUUUUCAUGAAGGAUUUCUCUCUCCUUUACUCAGCUUUAUUGAACAUUUUGAAGGUCAGGUUUAUAACUUUUAACUUUUGGUGUCCCAACCCUUACCCUAACCCCAAACAGAAUUUAAUCUGAUUUUAUUUUGAAUAUUUUAGCUCAUAUGAACAGUCCGUGAGGGUGGCUGCAGAGAUGCACGGUCUGCACCCAGACUGUGUUGUUCAUGCCAGGCUUUUACCUGGAAGUAAAACAUCACAAAUGCUAAACAUAUCAGAAGAAGAGUUGUCGUCUCCCCUUUGAUACCACUGUGAACUAGGAGGUUAAUGUUGGAUCUUAUUAGUAUGUGAAGUCAAGCACAGGGCAUGUUCAAAAAGUACAGAGUUUUUAAAUUGUUCAUUUUUUUGCUGCUUGACUAGAACUAGGUCCAGCAGCAACGUGCUGAAAGAGGGCCCUGUCAAUAAAUCGAUCUUCCUGGGACAAGGACAGUAGUCCAGUUAAAUGUCCUCAAUGAGUUACAGCUGUAGCUGGAUGUAACUGCAUGUAAACGUACUGAAUGACUCCAUGUUCAUUUCACAAAUGCAUGCCUUAUAUAACUCUUCAGUAUCAGUGAUGCCUCAGAGUUCAAACCCUUCCUGCUGAGUCUGAGCAGUACACUGCCCCUCCCUCUUAUUGUUUACUUUAUUGACCUGAAGCUUCAAAGAGUAUAUGAUUCAUCUUCCUUCCUGUUGCAUUCUGCCAAAAUAAGAAAAAGGAUUCAGCAUCCAGAGGCCUAAUGUGAACCAGCUAAUAAGAUCCAGAGCUCUGUGUUUAUCGAGUUAAGUGAUGAGGCAUCGUGCAUGUCAGGUUCUGUCAACGGACGUCUGCAUCCUAUUAUUUAACAAGAAAGGGCAUGAGAAGCUUUUAUGGGUUUACUUAUUACUAUUUCUUUUUUUUUUUUUUGACAGUGGGAAAAGAUCUGUAACAUGGCUGUGCUGCUUCUGUGUGACCGUACUGUUAAAAAUGCCAAACAUCUGUUUUCCUGUGGCAUCGGUGCUAAAACAUAAAAAGCCUUAUCCUGCCAUUUGCCAGAGUUCAGCCGUGAUAGUAUCUGUUCAACGUGAGCAAUAAGUUUGAGAUAGUAAGGGUGAACUCAUGAAGGAGCAUGGGCAGAAGGUUGCAUUCAAACCUGUGAGUGCCAAGGAUACCAAAGCAGAUAUUUACCACUACAGAUUCAUUUAACAAAAUACCUGCUCAUGCCAACACUGACACAAGUCUCUGAUACGUCACUGUGGUUAAGUUUGAUGUUUUUCUUUGUGGGUUUAAACGUUGAUUGUACUCGGUGACUUUCUCUGGCGUUUGGUGCUGUUACAUAACACAAAGAGUUACUGUUUAUAUUUUGAGAAAUGAUCCACAACUCAGUGUAAUAUUAAGAAACCGAACUCUCUGAACAAGAACUACUGCCUGGUGUUUAUAUCUCUUCACGGGUGUACAACGGCCACAUAGUGAAGGGUCAUGAAAAGAUUUUGACUUUGACCAAUUCAGUUGUAUUUAGUUUAUUCUUGAGGCAGAGUGGACACUUGUAUAAAGUUUAAAGAAAAUCCCUCAAAGAGUUCCUGAUGUAUCACAUGCAAGAGAUAAACAUGAGGUCCAAUGAACUCAACCACUAAUCCAUAAGUUUCAAAUUCUUUCAAGUUCAUCCUUAAGUCAGAGGGGAAAGUUGUGCAGAGUCAAAAGGAAAUCCUUCAAUGGAUCCUUGAGUAAUUGUAUUGACAAGCAGGGGAUGUACAUGUGGCUUUGAACUUUGACCUUAGACUCAGUUCAGCUUUUAGUCAGAGUGGACAGAGGGACUUCACCUCAGACCUUCAAAUUAGAAAUACCUCAGCCUCAAGUCAGAGUGAACAUUUGUGUAAACUUAAAGAAAGUUCCUCAAAGUGUUGAGUAUUUGGGUUGACAGGCAAGGGAUAAACAUGAGGCCUUGAAAUUUGACUUAAAAACCCCUGAAAAGAAACUACUAUAGCCUGGAGUCAGAGUGAACAUUUGUGUAAACUUUUAAGGAAACUCCUCAAAGUGUUGUUGAGACAUCACAGACAUGAGUCUGAGUGGAUAUUUGUGCCAAGUCCAAAGGAAAUCCUUCAUGGAUCCUUGAAUACAAAUGGAAACAAGGCCUUGAAAUUGACCUAAAUACUCCAUCUCUUAUCUGUUCAUCUUUCAGUCAGGGUGGACUAUCGCACAGAAUUUAUAUGGAAUUCCUCAAAGUGUUGUGGAGAUAUCCCAUCCAUUAGUACAGUUUAUCCUUGAGUCAGAGUGGACGUUUGUGCAAAAUUUGAAGAAAACUCUAUGAAGUGUUCUUGAGAAUUCACAUUUAUAAAGGAGAAACUAAAAUAAGGCACAGUAAUCUUUCCCUUUGACUUAGGGCUUUCAAAAUCAAAAUUUUAGAUUUAAGUCAGAGUGGACUUUUGUGCAAUUGUGGAGAAAAUCCUUUAAAGCCUUCUUUGGCGAUCACUUUCUCUAGCAAGGAAUGAACAUGAGGCCUAAUGCCUUUGACCUACAACCUAAAAUCUAAACACUUGAUGCUUAAAUCAGAGUGGAAAUUUGUGCAAAUUUCAAAAACACAGUUCUUUAAAUUUUGCCUGGACAUACUAACAUACAGCCCAAAAAAACAAUGCCUCUGACUAUUAACUUUUUCCUGGCUCAGAGGUUUAAAAACAGAUCAUUUGCAACAGCUAAAGCCUUGUUAGUGUACCCUCACUCAGAAAUAACCACUCUUUUCACUCCACUUCUUGCCACAUGUUUACUGUGCUGGUUUUUUUAGUGCAAUCCUUAAAAAUGUUUUUCAAGCAUGGUUUUGCAAUUUUUUUACAGAAGGCCUGAAAGCAGUUAUUCACUCUCAAACUGAUCUGAAUAUUAAUAACAACACUGGAGGGUUGUUUCUCAUGCUGCUGUGUUGAAUGAGCAGCAACACCAGCAGCUUUGCUAAGCACGUGCUGCACUCUGUUGGCUGAACUUUGCAUUGCAGAUAUGUGCUGCAACCAGAGAUGCUGGGCUCAAGUUUAGCUCACAGACGGACUUUUGUUCUUGAAAACAAUACACAGUUUUGUAUUACAAAUGAGAAUAAUCAGUCAGAUGCACAUGUGGGCAUGAUCUUCUGUCUUCUAACUAGCUAUGAAGUGUAUUUGAGGCCUCUGUUCAUCUUCUGUGAUCUUUACAUUGAUGACAACUCAACCCUUUAAAGUAAAGCCUGGCCUUGUGAUAGUAUAAACACAGUCUGCCUUGAUUUUGAGCAUCAAGAUACCAAAAUGUUUUUGGUUACCUUCACUACAAAAAUACAAGUCAGACGCACCCAAUCUUGUGUCAUUUGUUAAGUUUUUAAAAACUGCAAGAAACUCCUGCACUCCUUACAUUUCUCUACAAUUUAGUAGGAGACAUCAGUGUGACUUGUGUAUCUUUGUGAGGCAUCAAAAGGACCGUAGAGACAUUACUGUGUGAAUUUUAAUGGACUGCCACUACACUCACGCUCUUUGUUAGCAACUUUUGGUUCAAAACAUCAGUAAAAUCUGUAUUUUAGAAUAGUCACUGCACAUUUAGGUCUGAUAAGCUAAGAUUUAUUCGAAAGAUGAAUUGAACUCCAGCCUCUACAUCUAGCUUAAGCUAUGCAGUUAUCUUCAAGCUGUUUCCGCUAAAGUUAACCCUGCCCACAUGACGCUACAAACACAAUAUGCCUUUAUGUAACAGUAAGCAUUCAUGCAUUAUACACAUAAAGCAAAAUGCUACUCAUGCUGCUCUUUUAAGAAACGUUUUAUGAACACAGUUACUGUAAGUGUUUGAAUUCUUCUCAUUGCAUGUACAGAAACUAUGCAUACAGCCUGUUACCACCACAACAGUUAUUUAAAUGUGUCCUUUUAAGCUCUCUUUAUGUCUGAUUUUGCAUCGCCUCUCUGUUUAGUUCCACUUUGUCUUAGUUACUGAUCAGUGUGAACUUUGCUCUCAGGAAAAUGUUACGACACCAGCUGUAGUCAUCGUUUGAUUCAAAGCAGAAUGAACUCUGCUUGCUUCUGCCUUCUGUUACCAUUGUUUUAAAGGAAUGUGUUUCAUGUAGCGUUAGGUGCGACUGUUUUUUUUCCUCUAUUGGGGGAUUGAUGGUUAGACAUUAUAUCAGAUUAUUUUUGUUAAUCAAGACGCUGUAAAGCUACAAACAAUAGACAUUCCUUUAUAUUUAGCUUGUGAGAAUGUGUAUGCUGCUCAGACAAAUAUGGUUAGAUCAAGGAGAACCAAUCAGUUGAUCAUCUACAAACAUGUAAACCUAAAAAAGACUCAAUUUCUAAACGCAAAAGCUCCCUAUGUGCCUUAUGUAUUAUUUUGAUAAUGAAGACCAAAGAGGUUUAGGUUGUAAAUUCUAUUUUGAUGAAAAGUCAUAUGAUUGUAUAUAUAUAUGCCUUAAUGUUCAACAAAUAAAUGUUUUAAGAAAA